GAUUCUAUGUUGCCAUCCAAGACACUAACAAUGGGUGAUUGCCUAAGGUGGCUUUUGCUUUACAAUAAGACCGCGAAGGGCAUGCUACUCACUGAGGGGAAGGAAACAAGCCAUCCUUCCACCGAGAUGUGGCGGGAGGCCACCGGGGCACACAAUCACAACUGGGGAGCAAUACAACAGAGCCUUAUCCAAGGUGGGCCGGCUGCGGCGGCGCGUGCGCAGACCCGGGGCCGCCCGGCUCCGCCCCGCGCCCACUAUUUAUUCCCAGAAUCCCUCUGUGUCGCACCAGAACGGCCGGAUCGUUCCGAGACUGCGGCGCUCGGGCGCGGCGGCGUCAAGAUGGCGGCGGCGGCAGUGGCGGCGGCAGCGGCCGCGGCGGCGGCGGCAUCUCUGCAGGUGCUGGAGAUGGAGAGCAUGGAGACGGCCGCUGCCGGGUCGGCGGGGCUGGCCGCCGAAGUCAGAGGCAGCGGCACGGUGGACUUCGGGCCGGGGCCCGGUUUAUCUGCAAUGGAGGCGAGCGGGGGCGACCCGGGCCCGGAGGCCGAGGAUUUCGAGUGCAGUUCUCACUGCUCGGAGCUGUCGUGGAGGCAGAACGAGCAGCGGCGCCAGGGCCUCUUCUGCGACAUUACCUUGUGCUUCGGCGGUGCCGGAGGCCGCGAGUUCCGGGCGCACCGCUCGGUGCUGGCCGCCGCCACCGAGUACUUCACGCCCCUGCUCUCGGGCCAGUUCUCCGAGUCCCGCUCGGGCCGGGUGGAGAUGCGCAAGUGGAGCUCCGAGCCCGGACCCGAGCCCGACACGGUGGAAGCCGUUAUCGAGUACAUGUAUACCGGGCGCAUCCGCGUCAGCACGGGCAGUGUGCACGAGGUGCUGGAGUUGGCCGACAGGUUCCUGUUAAUUCGUUUAAAAGAAUUUUGUGGAGAAUUUCUCAAGAAAAAACUUCAUCUGUCUAAUUGUGUGGCCAUUCAUAGCUUAGCUCACAUGUAUACCCUGAGCCAGCUUGCUCUAAAAGCUGCUGAUAUGAUACGGAGAAAUUUCCACAAAGUAAUUCAGGAUGAGGAAUUUUAUACUUUACCUUUCCAUCUCAUUCGAGACUGGCUGUCAGACUUGGAAAUUACGGUUGAUUCUGAAGAGGUUCUCUUUGAAACAGUUUUGAAGUGGGUUCAGAGAAAUGCUGAAGAGAGAGAGAGAUACUUUGAAGAACUUUUUAAAUUGCUCAGAUUGUCCCAGAUGAAACCUACUUACCUUACUCGGCAUGUCAAACCAGAGAGGCUGGUGGCCAGUAAUGAAGUUUGCGUCAAGUUAGUGGCCGAUGCAGUGGAGAGGCAUGCCCUGAGAGCUGAGAACAUACAGUCUGGCACGUUCCAGCAUCCUGCUUCUCACGUCUCAUUAUUACCUCGCUAUGGGCAAAACAUGGACGUGAUCAUGGUUAUUGGAGGUGUGUCAGAAGGAGGGGACUAUUUAAGUGAAUGUGUGGGAUACUUUGUCGAUGAGGACAGAUGGGUAAACCUGCCCCACAUUCAUAAUCACCUUGAUGGACAUGCUGUUGCAGUAACAGAAUCCUACGUGUAUGUUGCUGGAUCGAUGGAACCAGGGUUUGCUAAAACUGUGGAAAAGUAUAACCCAAAUUUGAAUACGUGGGAACAUGUUUGUAGUCUGAUGACAAGGAAGCAUUCUUUUGGGCUAACAGAAGUCAAAGGGAAGCUCUACAGCAUUGGAGGACAUGGCAACUUUAGUCCUGGCUUUAAAGAUGUGACUGUUUAUAAUCCCGAGCUUGAUAAAUGGCACAACUUGGAAUCGGCACCAAAGAUUCUUCGAGAUGUCAAAGCACUAGCCAUUGAAGACCGGUUUGUGUACAUUGCUGCCCGCACCCCCGUGGACCGGGACACUGAAGAUGGAUUAAAGGCUGUCAUUACUUGCUAUGAUACAGAGACUCGACAGUGGCAAGAUGUGGAAUCUUUGCCACUUAUUGACAAUUACUGCUUUUUCCAAAUGUCUGUGGUCAAUUCAAACUUUUAUCAGACAGCCUCAUGCUGUCCCAAGAGCUAUUCUUUAGAAAAUGAAGAAGCAGUAAGAAAAAUUGCCAGCCAAGUUUCUGAUGAGAUCCUUGAAAGCUUACCUCCAGAGGUCCUAAGCAUUGAAGGAGCAGCCAUUUGCUAUUACAAAGAUGACGUUUUCAUUAUUGGAGGCUGGAAAAACAGUGAUGAUAUUGACAAACAGUAUCGGAAAGAAGCCUACCGAUAUUGUGCUGAGAGAAAGAGAUGGAUGCUUCUUCCUCCCAUGCCACAGCCUCGUUGUAGAGCCACUGCUUGCCACGUGAGAAUCCCGUACCGGUACUUGCAUGGCACACAGAGAUAUCCUAUGCCUCAAAACUUGAUGUGGCAGAAGGACCGGAUCAGACAGAUGCAAGAAAUACAUCGGCACGCCCUAAACAUGCGACGAGUGCCAAGCUCUCAGAUCGAAUGCUAGGUUCUCUAAUACGCGCAGCUGAAAACAGUUAUACCUGUUUCACGAGGGUGAAGAUACCCAGACUGUUACUUGAAAAAGUAUGUCGAUAACUUAUUUUCUACCUGAACUAAUUAUUGCCCCAUAUAAAGGAAAUACUGUUAAAAACUGGAGAGUGGGAAACUCAAUUCAAUAUGUGGUCAUUUUUGUUACUUGCAGUCCUUUUCUCACUUUGGUUUGUGUGUGUGUGCUAGCUGAAUAAGAUCUUAUUAAAGGCAAGUGGAAAAACCAGGUAUAGUUACUUGGCUGUUUUUCUGCCAACAAGUUUUAACUCCUUUGACUUUAGGGACUUAUGUGUUGAACAUGCUUUAAGCACCAAUUUUAUUUGCACAUUUACUUUGAUAUUCCUUUUCAUUUUUUCCUGAAUGGUUUUGACAAGAUCAGAAUUUAUGCAUUGAGCCCUCAUCUGCAGGAGGUAUGUGCAAUAGUGAGACUGAAAUUUGUAGGAAAAAGCACAAUAUUUCAGCAAGAUUUUAGAAUGUUUGCAUUGAUAUUUUGUUGUAUGUGUUUAUUUAGAAAUGCUAUUUUGUUUAUUUCUAAAAGAGAUGACUGACAAGAAAUUUGUGAUUGGCUCAUGCAUUUUUAAAUAUUUUUCAUUCUUUAGCAACUGUAUUAGAGACUUCAAGCCAUCACUCUGAGAUGAUGGUAGCUGGCAAAAGUAUUGAUCUUUAGCUGUUGAUUGAAUUCAGAGGAAGUUAUGUAUGUGAAAUUUGUUUCUCUUAGAAGAAAAGUGUUAUUAGUGUAGACUGAGAAAUCAAAGGCAUUAAAAAGUUUAAAAACACUUUUUUCAGGAGUUGCAAGUUUAUUUGAGGAUAAGUUAAUGAGUGUAAAUAAUGCCUAUGACAAUCGACACUCAAUGCCUUCAAUUUUAAAUUUUGCUCUAAUGCAUAUUGUAUAGAAUCCUCAUCAUUCGUUUCUAAAAGAAACUUUUCAAGAUGAAAAGGAAGUAACAAUUUAGAGAAGUGUUGCUAAAGAGAAGCCUUAUUAUUUCUCAGCCCUGAUUGUUAAUAAUGUUUUAUCCAGUUGCCCUAGACUUUCAUUGGAAUUUUGCCUGAGCCUAGAAUACCAAAUUUGGGUGCAUAAUUAUGGCUCUUAAAAAUGUAUUGCUGCAGUUACCGUUUAUUUAUUUUUAUGCAUUCUUCUGAUUCUCUUCCACACUCCCAAGCUUUAUACACAUUAGCACUCGGGUUGACUCUUUCAGCACUCAGUUAACAGAACAGACUCCUGCUCUAACGGUUUGCAGUGUGGGUCCAGUAUAUUUUUCUUGUUUCUUUCGGAAUGUCUCUAUCUUCUUAGACAUUCCAGAAUAUCAUUCUAGAAGUUGAAUUCCACAUGCAGUGAUUUUUUUUCCCUACUCCAUUAUAGUUAAGCUUCCUAUUAGUUGUAUUAAACAUCAA